GAGGGGGAUUCGGCAGUGGGAUGAAGCGUGGUGGUGGAAGAGGAGGCAGAGGAGACAGAGGUGGAAGAGGCGGAGGAAGAGGACGUGGAGGAAUGAAGGGUGGUAGUAGGGUUGUGGUGGAGCCUCAUAGACAUGGAGGUGUGUUUAUUGCUAAGGGUAAGGAGGAUGCUCUUUGUACUAAGAAUUUGGUACCUGGUGAAGCUGUUUACAAUGAGAAGAGAAUCUCUGUUCAGAAUGAAGAUGGAACAAAGAUUGAAUACAGAGUGUGGAAUCCUUUCCGUUCUAAGUUAGCAGCUGCAAUUCUUGGAGGAGUUGAUGAUAUCUGGAUUAAACCGGGCGCUCGUGUCCUUUACCUUGGUGCUGCUUCAGGAACAACAGUGUCUCAUGUCUCAGACCUUGUUGGUCCUGAUGGAGUGGUAUAUGCUGUUGAAUUUUCUCAUAGAAGUGGAAGGGACUUGGUGAACAUGGCUAAGAAACGUACUAAUGUUAUUCCCAUUAUUGAGGAUGCUAGACACCCAGCUAAAUACAGAAUGCUGGUUGGAAUGGUCGAUGUGAUAUUUUCUGAUGUUGCUCAGCCUGAUCAGGCAAGAAUUUUAGCUCUAAAUGCAUCUUACUUCUUGAAAGCUGGAGGUCACUUUGUUAUAUCAAUCAAGGCAAACUGUAUUGACUCAACAGUGCCAGCGGAGGCUGUAUUUGCUCAGGAAGUGAAGAAGCUACAAGCAGAGCAGUUUAAACCAAUUGAACAAGUUACUCUUGAACCUUUUGAAAGGGACCACGCCUGUGUGGUUGGUGCCUAUCGGGUGCCAAAGAAGCAAAAGGUUGCUGCCUAGAAAAUUUAAGCUCAUGUUUUUUUGUUAGUUCUGUAGGAGGUUUUGUUCAAACACUCUUAAACUAGUGCAACACUGUUAUAUUUGAUGGUAGUGUGAUGUGAUUUUGGUUCUCAAUGUUAUUGUUCGUGUGUUUUGUUUC